AUGCAAAUAAGUAGAGUUAUUUACUUUCGAACAAAUGAGUGCUAAUUAGGAAACUCUUGCUAAUUUGACGAUAACUAAUCUCUCAACUGUUUUGAUUACCACCAAAAAAGUGAUAGACGAAGAUUUCCAUACACAAAGAAUAGAGCUACAGGUGAGUAUACUCUUAAUUAUAUCGAUGAGUUAUGUAAAAAAAGAUGCAAUAAGGAUGAUUGUCCUUUUGCCCAUAAUAUUUAUGAGUAAAAUUAUCAUCCAAUGAGAAUUAAAAAAGAAGUCUGCUCAGAUUAACAAGGUUGCCAGUUUAAAAUUGAAGAAGACGAAUAUCUGGCUGAUACUGAAGAAAUUGUUAGCUUAAUUGAUGGAAAUAGUGGCAAAUAAAAGUCUAAGAACUACUGCUAUAAAUUUCACAAGAAUUCAGAAAAAGAAUACUAUGAUUAGCUAAGAAAAAAAUUUGAACCUUAAUACAUCAAGAUGAGAGAAAAUUUAUUGAAAAAUAAACUGUUUGUUUAAGGAGUAGCAGACGUAAGCACCUAGCAUGAUAAAGAAAAAUUUUUAAAUUCGACAAUAUUAAACUACACUGAAUUUAUAAAUGAAUAACAAAACCAUGAUAUAGAAGAAUCUACUUACUCGGAUUUUAAUUUUUAAAGUAGUAUUUAUGAUUAAAUCAUUGAUUUGAAUGAUACAAAGUAAUCACCAUUUGGUUUGACAGUUGCAAAUAACAACAAAGAUGAAAGCUUCUUAUAAAAUGAAAUAAUUGAGGAAGAAAACGAUAAUUAAAGUGAUAUCAAGCAGAUUAACAAAAAUGAAAUUAUUAAUCAAGAAAAUAAUGAUAAUAAUUUAAAAUCCUAAAAUUCUAAAAAUUAAAAAAGCUAUUAAACGAAAGAUUAAAAAAAAAGCAAUUUUGUAUCUAAUUCGAAUAAGCAGAUAGAAGAAGAUAAAAAAAGCAAAUAAUCAAGAGAAGACUCUCCAUUAUUUCCUCAAAACUCUAAAUAAAUGUAUUCUAAUCAAUACGAAACCAAUAAUUGCUAAGAUAAUUAAUAGAAAUCUUAGAAAUUUGAUUAUGUAAUUGACAAAGCUUAUUAACAGUUAUAAGACAAGAUUCUAGGACAGUAUACUUUUGUUUAUAAUGAGAUUUUUGAUGAAGAUGAAGGCUAAAUGUUAGAAUUCAAAGACUACUAUUUUAAUUAAGAUGAUGACAGUAUGAACAACGGCAAUUAGAAUUUAGAUAUAAUAAUCAAUAGAACGAUAUAAACAAUCCUAGGCUUCUUGAAUUCUAAAGGUGGAUUUAUUAUUUUUGGAAUAAAAGAUAAUAAAAAAAUAAAAGGAUCACAAAUGAAUAUGGAUAAAUUUAUGAAUUAAAUAAGUCCAAUAUUAGCGAGGUGCUAACCUCCUGUUCUUGAAAAACAUCAUAAGUUGCAUAGAUUGAAUUUGAUUGGAAAUUAACAAAAUAAAAUUGUAAUCCUAUAAGUGAUGCCAUAAAAACACAAAUUAUUUUUUGAUAGCAAGUCAUAAUAUUUCAGAAGGACUAAUGCAAGUGUGAUUAAGCACGAAAAUAAAGAACUCUCGCAUAUUAUGAUGGAAAAUUAUAAGGAAUAUUAUAAAAAAAAAUAGGAAAACCUUAAAACUAAGUUAGAAAUGUUGAAAAAAAAGGAAAUUGAAGAAGAAAAAUAGAAAAUAAUAGAUCAGUAAAAGAGAGACUAUCUUGCACUUUUAAAAUAUAUCAAAAGCUAAAGCGAUAUAAAUAAGAUUACUGGAGUUAUAGAAUACAAAAUAUAGGAAUUAGAGAACAACUGA